UUAAACUUAUAAGUAUUAUAAGCAUUAAAAUGGAUAUUGUCAGGAUCUCAUUGCAAUGGAGAGUUAUCAUAUUAUGCCCUUUUGGACAUUUCGUUGUUUAUGAACCACAUAGGUAAUGUUGUUUAUGAUAUUGGUAUUGUAUUUCCAUUUCAGAUCACCAUGAAAGCAAUGACGAUAUAUUGUUUGUGUCUUGUGGUCUUGGAAAUGUCAGCUUAUCUUUUUGACUUCAGUGUAGAUAAUUCAACUGUUGUUUUAAAUCCACAAGAACCUACUGCAAACACGGAUGGGAACGUCAGUAUUACAACACCUUGCAUAUUUCCUACAAAUUCAGACGCUAUUACAAUCAACUGGUACAAGGUUUUUGUUAAUAAGGCCAACCAGGCCGAGUUGCUAGACGCUAGUAACGCAGUCAUCCAGUCUUACAGUGAAACAGAUACUACUGGGUGCAGCACUUGCGGUACUAAGUCGGCUUGUAAAAUGACUGUUGGGGUGACAUACAAAGCCCCUUCUUCAAAUGGAGAUGAAAUCAAACUGCAAGUUGAGAUAAUUCAUGCAGAUUAUACUGGUCACUUAUACUACACUUUUGAUCAGUCAUAUUACCUCGCUUGUAAGUUGUCAUUAGAACCUAUUCUCAACGUGAGAUAA